AUGUUAGGGAAACCAUUUAUUCUCCAAAAAUGGUCCCCUAAAUUCCAACCAAAGAGGGAUGAACUUUCUUCUAUUCCCCUUUGGAUAAAAAUAGUUGAUCUCCACUUGGCCCUUUGGACCCCAAAGGGAAUAUCUACUAUAGCCAGUUAUAUUGGUAAUCCCUUAUCUGUUGAUUCUCUUAUUGCUAAAAGAGCUAGAUUAACCUAUGCUAGAGUCUGUGUUUCUAUCACUAAAGAAUCAACUCUCCCGGAUGAAAUUCCCAUCAACAUUGAAGGAGAAGAUAUCAUGCUCAAAGUAAUUUAUGACUGGAAGACAAGUCGUUGUGAAGGAUGUGGAUCUUUGGUUCACAGUUAUGCUGCUUGCAAGUCAAACCCAAACCCGGUGCCGGUUGUUCUUCCCCCUCCUAAACCCCAAAACAGAGGUAGAAGUCUUAGCCGGAACCCUAGAUUCCAAAUUCCGGCUCCGGAGAAGCCUGCUUCUCUGGAAAAGGCAAUUUUGGCUCCAGCGAAGCCCGCUCAUCCGGAAAAGGUAAUUUUGGAAAGUAAUAACUUGACCGUUAACCCCUUUCCAAAAUUAUCUCCAGCGUUGGAAAAGAAAAUUUCUCCCCUGAUCCCUAAUAAUUGCAUUGGCAAAGAUGCAAUUAUUCCUAAUCUGAAUUCUCCUAUUGAAGAAAUUUCCUCCUCUAGGCAACCUUCUAUUCCCUCUGAAAUUCCUCAAGCUAAGGUAAUGAUGUCAAACAAAUUCUCAGCUCUUCAAACUGAUGACCCUCCUGAACAAGAGAUGGAGGAUACUAGCUCUGUAAGUAAUAGACAUGAAUUUCAUUCUGUUACUGAAUUUUCCUCUUCUCCCAUCUCUUCUGGAAACAAAAAUCAAACUUCAGCGGUCUCUAUGGCUACUAGAGCUAAGUCUGCCAGGAAGGGGAAAAACUCUAAAUAUUAA